CACAAAACACUGGAUUGGCAAAAUACAUCACUACACAAAAGCGAUAGCUCAGUGAUGUGUGGGUAGGAUGAAGAGCGUUGGGUAUGACAACUUACUACUAUCGCCGAGGUAUCUCCGCGCUGCGCUGGACCUCAAGUCGUCUGCCACGGAUCACUGCGUGCGUCACAAAUGAACCAAAUUGUCUACACAUGCACAAUGCAACUCAAAAACUCACAAAAACAAUCUAUCAUUAUCGUAAUAAGAUCACUUAAAUUUCUGUCAUAGCAAAUUUGAGGCAAGCGGUCGACGAUGUCGACACGAGCGCCAUCACAGGUUCGGCAGUGUCGUGAUUCGGAGGGACGUGCGGUGAAAAUAGUCGCUUGCACGUGAACUAUCUACAGUUAAUUCUGAGUUCCAGAAAUGGUCGCAGAGACAAACGCAUACUUUUAUACUCAUCCCCCUUAUCCAUCAUGUAUACAGAAGGGAACUCUUCCUUUGCCAGACAAUAUAAAAGACACAGAGAUACAGGUGCGAAUCAAGUCCGCAGCACUCAACCCUGUCGACAUUCAGCUCAUGAAUCUUCCAAUCUGGAACCUACCAUAUAUGGGGUUUCCAAAAGGCAUUGGUAAGGACUUUAGUGGCGUUGUGAUUUCUGCCGGGAAGGACUCGGGCUUUCAAAGCGGUGACGAGGUCUUUGGUCUAUUUAUGGGUAGUGACAGAGGGACCGUGGCUGAAGUUGCGGUGAUAGACGUGAAGAAGGGUGCGGUGGUGUUGAAGAAGCCCGGAGCAUGGAGCUGGAAUAAAGCCGCUGCCUUACCACUUGUCUGGUUAACAGCGAGAACCAGCAUCGCGAGCGUGGAACCCUACAUUAAGCCGGAGUCUAAAAGACUAGUCGUUCUGGGGGGGAGUUCUGCAACGGGAAUGUAUACCGUCCACCUUGCCAAGCAACGUGGCUGGACCGUUUUUUCUACGUGUUCAUCUAGAAAUUCGGACUUUGUCUCGUCAAUGGGUGCGGAUAUAGUGGUUGAUUACACGACCGAAGACGUCCCCUCGCGAGUCCGGUCCUUCACUCCAGACGCAAUCAUCGACUGUGUCGGCGGAACAUCAUGCCUGGGUAUUGCUCCACGCUACGUAACCAUAGUAGGCGACAAGACUUCUCGAUCUACUAUGGGAGGUUCAGCUCUAUAUCUUACGACACCACGAAUGGUAUUCAGGAAACUGUUGGGAAUGUUGGGCUGGGGUGAGGUUUACGACGCCAUCAUUCUGGACCAGAAUCCAGACUAUCUAAAGGAGUCUACAAGUUUGCCCAUUGAAAAGAUCUACGUGGAUUCAGUCUUUGAUUAUGACGAUUUGAAGAAAGCAUUCGAGCGGCUGGACACUGGCAGGACAAGAGGCAAGGUUGUGAUUGAGGUGGACAAAUCGUAAUGUCCUUGACACAAGCUAACUAACGCGCUACCAGCGCCACGCUAAAUAGAAAGGGGACCAACAUGGGAUGAUACAAAGUUCCGAGACCUUAUUAUGUUCAUUCUGUUGUGUUGAAGUAGCAGCAGCAGGCACUCACUUGCUAUGUACACAGUUUGUUGAUACAAUACAAAGGAUAG